GGCAGGGGCCCUUUCUCGCUCGCCGCGUUUCGGGGAGCAGCCGGGGUGAGAAAACCCGCUGGGGUUGCGCGAGAGCCGCGGUUCCGCGGGACGGAGCCGGUCGCGGCGGUGCUGGCGGCGCGGCUCUUCCGAAAGAUUUGCCUCUUCGGGGAUGGAGAAAGUCCUGCUGAUUUUGUCGUCGCUGACAGCCGGGUUCGGGCGGAGGGGUGGGCUGUGCUCCUUCCUACCCAGCCCGCUUCGGGGAGGUGCGGAAAGCAAAUUGGGGUGUUUUCAGGUUGUUUCCAGGCUUUCCCCCUCCUGCAAACCCUGCGGCCGGCACUGGGGAAAAGCCUUUGUGCUUUGCGCCCUCUCCUUUGUUCUGCUCUUUUGGAGGGCAGCCGCACGCUCCUCCCCACCCUCGGUUCACCCAAAAUCGAUGGUUUUCGCGAGGUUUUGACGCUGGCAGCGGGGACAUCUGCCGUCUCCCCUCCUCGCAAGCCCUCGGCCGCUCGGUUCGGCUCCCGGGAGGGCUUUUGGUGUAAUAAACCAUCCCCUGGGUUCACCCCCCGCCCCUUCCCAAACCCAAAACUUCUCCCUUGGAGCGGCGCCGGCUGCGUUUUGGGAGCUGGCUACCUUACUGGGUCGCUUGGCAAGUUGGAGCCCCUGUCCCCGACGGUCAUCAAAACCAGGGGAUGGUUUGAAUUAAUGGUUUGUCACCUGCAGACGAGCUUUGGGAUCGGACCGGGGAGCGGCAGGAAUCCAGCCGGGGUGGCUUUUCCGGCGGAGGACAGUCGCACGGGCUCGUACCCGGCGUGUAAAUCGUUAAGCCGGUCUGAGUUGCCCUCCUGGCAACCUGAACCCAGCCAGGAAAUUAUCUGCCGGUUCCAAGGGUGGGAACCAGCGCACUGGGUUCGUGUUUGUGCCACGUGUUAUCUCCCCGCCGCUGCUGUAAGGUCCCGGGCUUGAGACGCCGCGGCUUGUAAUCUGGAGUGGAUUUAGGGCGUAAACGGGUUCGGCUUCGUGGGACAGAGGGUGAUGAUUCAAAUCACCCUCGGGGUGAUCGCGGCGAUGCCUCCGGCGAUGCCUCCGGUGAUGCCCCGUCUCCCAGGCUGGGCGGCAGGGUGCAGCGGGUUCCCUCCGGUGGGAACCAGAGACAGCAGCAGGCUGUUGGGGAACCAGCGGCCAGGCUACGGGACGCUGCAGCGAGACGCCGAUAAAUCCCUCAUGGAGGUCACGGGCUACCAGACCGCGACGUGGCGGGUGGCCCUGUGCCACGCGUGCUCGGUGCUGACGGCGGGGCUGCUCCUCAUCCUCUUCCACUGGAAACCGAGCCUGGAGGUGCGGGCGAAGUGCAAGCCCUGCGCCCUGGCCCAGGCCGACUGGCUCAUCGUCAGAGACCGAUUCGGACAGUGCUUCCCCACCCGCGUGCGCACGGAGACGCUGGGCGAGGGCAGCCUGGAGCAUCACCCUGGGGCCAGGCUGGAGGAGCGGAGGACCAGCAUCGCCAUCGGCGUGUCGGAGGAGGAGGAGAGCCGGGACACCAUCCGGCUCCACGAGAAGGAAGAGAAGAACACCUUGCGGUACUAUCUCUUCGAGGGCAUGCGCUACAUCUGGAUCGACCGGCGGCAAGCCUUCUGCAAAGUCAGCGUCUUGGACGACGGCUGGACCUGCGCGGAUCUCCACUUAUCCCAGGCUGGGCUCGACCAGCAAGACCACAACACCAGAAGGAAGAUCUACGGCCCGAAUGUCAUCGAGGUGCCGGUCAAGUCCUACGCGAGGCUGUUGGUGGAGGAGGUGCUCAAUCCCUUCUACAUCUUCCAAGUGUUCAGCAUCGUGCUGUGGGUCUGCGACGCCUAUUACUACUACGCCGCCUGCAUCUUCCUCAUCUCCACCGUCUCCUUGGGGCUGUCCCUCUACGAGACGAGGAAGCAAAGCUCCACGCUGCAAAAAAUGGCCAAGAUGUCAGUCGGGGUCCGAGUGCGUCGCCCCGGCGGAGAGGAGAUGGUGGUGAGCUCCGCAGAUCUGGUGCCGGGCGAUUGCAUCAGCCUCCCCGCGGACGGGAUGCUGGUCCCUUGCGACGCCGCGCUGCUGACGGGCGAGUGCAUGGUCAACGAGAGCAUGCUGACGGGGGAGAGCGUGCCGGUGAUGAAAACGCCUCUCCCGGCUGGCGGGCAGGCAGCCGGCACCGUCUAUUCGCCCGAGGAGCACCGGCGGCACACGUUGUUCUGCGGGACCCAGGUCAUCCAAGCCAAAUCCUACGUGGGCAGAGAAGUGCUGGCCGUGGUGACGCGCACAGGGUUUUGCACGGCCAAAGGGGACCUCAUCAGCUCCAUCCUCUACCCCAAACCCGUGAGCUUCAAGUUCUACAAGGAUGCCGUGAAGUUCGUCCUCUUCCUCGCCGUCCUGGGUCCCCGUGGGACAAAUCAUCAUCCGUGCCCUCGACCUCGUCACCGUCAUCGUGCCCCCGGCUCUGCCGGCCGCGAUGACCGUGGGCACCAUCUACGCCCAGAGCAGGCUGAAGAAACGGGGUAUCUUCUGCAUCAGCCCUCCCCGCAUCAACCUCUGCGGGAAGAUCCGCCUGGUUUGCUUCGACAAGGUGAGUCUCGGGCAUCGCCGUGGGACCGCGAUUUGGGGGCUGGCCGGGACCCGCUCUCCUCUUCCCCCCGCCCCGCCUCCCCCACCCCCCCGCAGACAGGAACCCUGACGGAGGAAGGUCUGGAUGUCUGGGGGGUGGUCCCGCUGGAGAACAACCGCUUCGUGCCCAUCGUCCACGAGCCCCGCCGCCUGCCCGCCGGUCCCCUGCUCUACUCCCUGGCUGCCUGCCACACCGUCCUGCUGCUGCGGGCGCAGCCCGUCGGGGACCCCGUGGAUCUCAAGAUGGUGGAGUCCACCGGCUGGCACCUGGAGAUGACGGAGGAGGAGGAAGGCGAGCCGCCCGUCUUCCAGCAGUUUGGGACGAAGGUCUUGGCCGUGAUGAGACCUCCGCCCGAGGAGGAACAGCCGCGAGGCACGAAGCACCGGACGCCCGUGGGGAUCCUCCGGCGUUUCCCCUUCUCCUCCUCCUUGCAGAGGAUGAGCGUCCUGGUGAAGCUGCCCGGCGAAGCCUCUGCCCACGUCUACGCCAAGGGCGCGCCGGAGACGGUGGCCAGCCUCUGCCGGAAGGAAACGGUGCCCGUGGAUUUCUCCCAGACGCUGCGACGCUACACCACGGAUGGUUUCAGGGUCCUGGGUCUGGCUUGCAAACCCCUGAGCGCCGUGACCACCUUCGAGGAGGCCCUGCAGCUCCCGAGAGACUCCGUGGAGAGCGGCUUGACCUUCCUGGGGUUCCUCGUCAUGAAAAACGUCCUCAAGCCGGAAUCCGCGCCCGUCAUCCGCCUCCUGAGGAACGCCAACGUCCGCCCUGUCAUGGUGACAGGAGACAACAUGCUGACGGCCGUCAACGUGGCCAGGAGCUGCCGCAUGGUGGAGCCGAAAGAGCGGGUCGUCUUCGUCAGCGCCUCCCCGCCCGGCCACGACCGACCCGCCGCUCUGAGGUUCCUCCUCGCCGAGCACUCCCAGGGCGAAGAGCCCCUCGAGGCUCUGCACCGACGGGACGGCCCCUUCCUGCGGCCGCAGCCCCGCCACUUGGCGCUGAACGGCAAAUCCUUCGCCGUGGUUUGCGAGCACUUCCCCGACCUGCUGCCCAAGAUCCUCGUCCGAGCCACCGUGUUCGCCCGCAUGUCGCCUGAGCAGAAGGCGCAGCUGGUGUGCAGCCUGCAGGAGCUCGACUACUGCGUGGGGAUGUGCGGGGACGGCGCCAACGACUGCGGGGCUCUGAAAGCGGCCGACGUGGGCAUCUCGCUGUCGGAGGCGGAGGCGUCGGUGGCAUCGCCGUUCACCUCCCGCGCGGCCAACAUCGAGUGCGUGCCCACCGUCAUCCGGGAGGGCAGGUGCUCGCUGGUCACCUCCUUCGGUGUCUUUAAGUACAUGGCCCUGUACAGCCUGGUGCAGUUCGUGUCCGUCCUGCUGCUCUACACGAUCAACACCAACCUGAGCGAUUUCCAGUUUCUCUUCUUCGACCUGAUCAUCACCACCACCGUGGCGGUGCUGAUGGGUCGGACCGGUCCUGCCCAGGAGCUGGGAGUGGAACGUCCCCAAGGAGCGUUGAUCAGCGUCCUCGUGCUGGGCAGCCUGCUCCUCCAAACGGCUUUGCUCAUCACCGUGCAAGUCCUCAGCUACUUCAUCACCGUCUCGCAGAGCUGGUACGUGCCGCUGAACAGCACGGUGACGGCCCCCCAAAACCUGCCCAACUACGAGAACACGGUCCUCUUCUGUGUCACGGGCUUCCAGUACCUCAUCCUGGCCGUCGCCAUGUCCAAGGGGUACCCGUUCCGGGAGCCGCUCUACACCAACGUGCUCUUCUUGGUCGUCCUCAUCCUCCUCUUCAGCCUCAUGAUCUGGCUGACCCUCUACCCGCUGGGCUUCCCCAAAACCCUGCUGAAGCUGCAGGGCAUCGACGAUUUGAAUUUCAAGCUGUUGCUGCUGGGGAUCGCCACCCUCAACUUCUUCGCCGCCUUCGUGCUGGAGACCGCCCUGGACCACGGCUUGCUCAGCUGCCUCCGCAAGCUGCGACGAAAAAAAGCAUCCAAGAAGCUUUUUAAGAGGCUGGAGAAGGAGCUGAGCCAGCAGCAGCCAUCCUGGCCGCCCCUUAACGAACCCCUCUUCGCGACGCCCAAGAUGUCCAUCGCCGUGAGAUAGCACGGCGCUGGGCUCCCCUCCUGCCGGCCGGCCCCCGGGCACCGUCCUUUAUUUAUUUCUCCUGGUGAACGGAGGGACCGGCUCCCCCGGGGAGACCCUCAGCAUCGCGGCCGUGACUUCGCACGCAACCGAUCCCGCGGCCGAGAGGAGGAGAUGCCGGAGAAGCAAACUGGGGGGGGAGAAGGUCCAGAAGAAGAGGAGAAACCCCCCCAGCUCAGCUCUUCCUCCAGGACCCCCCCCCCAGCUCCCGCCCCGGCUCCCCGCGCUGGGCACCGGUCCUGUUUUGCAGAGGGACAUCGCCUCCCUUUUCCUCUCCUGGCUGGUCAAACCCACCAAGAAGAGGUUCCCCGAUCUUCUCGCGGCGGGGGCACCCACCCCGGCCUCCUCGCGUCUCUGCUCACUGUGAAACCCCCUCCGCCUGCCCCCCGCAGCCCCCCUAGAUGUGUAGGAACUGUUUACAAACCGCCCCGUCCCCGGCUUGCCAAGGAUGCCGCUCCAUCCCCAACGCCCCGGGGACCAGCAACGACUCCGCUUGCGAUGCUCCCGCAGAGCACGUCCGCUUUCGGACGGGACCUUUGUAGCAUUAAAAAAAAAAACAAAAAAAACCCCAAACCCCACCCAACAAAAAAAAAAAAAAAACCCACCCUGAAUCUUUAUUUUUUAACUCGAGGUGUAAAUGCAGUCGGGAGGAGAAAGACGUACCGCUUUCGGUUUCCGUACGGUGCUGUCGGCGAGCGUUGUCUAAUAAAUUAACACUAUUUUCUUGAGCGCUUGCUCGUGGAUGAAGCGUUUGGGGCAGGAUGGCGUCGAUGGCGCGGGUGAGUAUCGGACGGAGCCGGGAGGUUUGGGGGUCUGAUUUCUUCCGGCUACAGAAGAAUUGAAGAAAAAGGUGAGAACCCACCUCGAAUUGAUCUGAAAGAGAAAAGCAAAGCAGGUAAGAGCAGGCAGCAGAGCACAACAGGAUCAAACAGAAGUGUGAAGCGGCGAUGUCGGUAAAUGUAUGGGAGUCCGACUAAAUUCGAAGGGCUUGCGUCACAGAUCUUUUUCACGCCACGCGUUUCCAGCGCCCAAAUAACCUGAGAUCAAAUUGCGAUCCCGUUUCCAGUCUAAGAAGUACAUCGGGAAGCGUCAGCACUCGCAGCACCUAUACGAUAAAGCGGGUGGCGUUACUUACUUCUUUUUAAUAUGUGACAAACUUAAGGCUGAGAAAGCUUCUAGCUUAUUUGUGAGACACCGCGCAUGGAUUUCAUUUUAAUUUUAAGAAAAGUAUCGUCCCUUCCCUAAAAGAGGUUUUAGGGUGGCCUUGUUCUCCCUCUGGGCUGGAAGACGUUCUCCUCGACGCCCGGAAGCAGAGAGCAGCG